AUGUCAGACGAGCCAUCAGCUUCUUCCGCCUUGCCAACAACAGAAGCAACAACAAGUCCUAGAAUGGAUACAGACGAGCAGGAAAACAAGGAUGCACAACCACAAAGCGCCAAGUCUACAGAGACUGAUACAGUUGCACCAGCUACGCCUAUGAAUGUGGACAAUGCACCUUCACAAAGCACAACAGACGCAAAAGAUGCAGGUUCACAGCAACAGCAAUCAUCAUCGAUUGAGAGGAAUGUUACAACAUCCCCUGAUCAAGCUCCUUCUAGUUCAACAGCAACAACAGCAGCAACAACGACGCCGACGCCGAUAUCAUCAGUUCCCCCAAUCCAGGCCAUUGUUGGAGAUGAAUCCAAGUCAUCGAUUCAACAGCCAUCAUCAUCAUCAUCAUCAUCCCCAGCGAUUACUAGUACACCUAUUCAACAUCAAGAAUCUACACCUGUGCAACAACCCCCCACUCAGUCGUCGUCUUCUCAGCCGACAUCCACGCAACAAACAGAGCCUAAUGCAACCAAGGAUACGCAAUCAUGGCCCCAAGCAACUACUACGGCACCAUCAUCUACAUCCAAUCAACAACAGCAACAACAAGAGCAGCCCACACAAAGCGGUCAACCUGAGCCUGUAUCAACUUCGCCACCAUCAUCUUCCAAACAACCCGUUGCUACGACAACGGAAGCAAAUGGCUAUCGACCACUCAAUGUGAAGGAUGCAUUGACGUAUUUGGACCAAGUCAAGAUUCAAUUUGCUGAUAGACCAGAAAUCUAUAACCAGUUUUUGGAUAUUAUGAAGGACUUUAAGAGCCAAUCGAUCGAUACCCCAGGUGUAAUCGAACGUGUAUCCACCUUGUUCCAAGGUCAUCCAGCAUUGAUUUCAGGAUUCAACACCUUCUUGCCACCAGGAUAUAAGAUUGAAUGUUCUGUGGAUGAACGUUCUCGCAAUGUGAUCAAAGUGACAACACCUUCUGGAACCACAGCAACGACCGAUGGUGAACCAUUAAUGCUUUCUUCGAGUUCCACCACGGGAUAUUAUCAGCAUUAUCGACGUCCAACGGGCCCUGGUUACGGUUCCCAAGAACCUGUCUCCAUGCUGUCUCAUCCCUCCAUCUCCUAUCACCAUCAAACAAGACAUCAGGAAGAUCCGCAUACACGUCGUACACCUGUCGAAUUCAAUCAUGCUAUCAACUACGUGAAUAAGAUCAAGAAUCGAUUCUCAUCCGAGCCCGAUACAUAUAAGCAGUUUUUGGAGAUUUUGCAAACCUAUCAAAAGGAUCAGCGACCCAUCCAAGAGGUGUACGCUCAAGUACAAACCCUUUUUAACGGUGCACAAGAUUUAUUGGAUGAGUUUAAGCAAUUCUUACCUGAAGCCUCGGGUGCGGAUGCGAGUGAAUCGAUGAAGGCAUUGUUUGGAACGACGGCGUAUAUGGGCAAACGUGGAUCACUUAUGACACCCGGUCUUGGCGAGUCGGCACGUAAGAAACGUAUGAGUGGAACAUCGACUGCAGGUUUAUCCAAGUUGAGCAAAAAAGACAUUCAAGUGUCAGAUGUACGUUCAGCUCCAGUGGAUAUGGGAGAAGAUGUGGAUGAUUGGCAACCUGCACAGGCGACUGUAUCAGCAGAGGAAGCAGAAUUUUUCGAUCGCGUCAAAAAGUACAUCGGCAAUAAGGCAACGUAUCGAUCCUUCUUGAAGCUACUCAAUCUCUUCAGUCAACAAAUCCUUGAUCAACAUCUCUUGGUGACACGCGUCGAAAGCUUCAUCGGUGGCAAUCGUGAGCUCUUUGAGUGGUUCAAAUCCCUUGUUGGUUAUAAUGAAAAGGAGGAGAUUGUGGAUAAUGAACCUCGUUCCAAGGAUAAGCUGGAUCUCAGUCGAUGCGAAUCUUAUGGUCCCAGCUACAGACGUGUACCUAAAGAAUGGCGUGGUGGAGUAUGUUCAGGCCGAGAUGCGUUAUGCAAUGAGGUGCUCAAUGAUCAAUUCGUGUCGCAUCCACGUUGGGCCAGCGAAGAUACCGAGUUUGUGGCAUCAAAGAAAAAUCAUUUUGAAGAAGCACUUCAUCGAGUGGAAGAAGAAAGAUAUGAUUAUGAUCUAAGCAUUGAAGCCAACUUGAACACCAUUGCAUUACUCGAACCCAUCUCCAAAAAGAUCUCAGUCAUGAAUCUUGAAGAAAAGUCAGCUUUUCGACUGCCCCCUGGCUUAGGUGGACCAUCCAAAGCCAUCUAUCAGCAUAUCAUCAAAAAGAUCUAUGGAAAGGAACGUGGCAUGGAUAUCAUUGAAUUGGUCCAUAGCAAUCCUGUUGCUACUGUUCCAAUUCUCCUCAAACGUCUCAAGCAGAAGGAUGAAGAAUGGAAACGUGCUCAGCGAGAAUGGAACAAGAUCUGGCGUGAAGUAGAGAAUCGUAAUUAUUACAAAGCGCUUGAUCAUCAAGGUGUUACAUUCAAGAACGGCGACAAAAAGACAAUGUCCAGUCAAAGCCUCUUAUCAGAAAUCGAGAACAUCCGUAAUUCACAACCUGAGAUACGUCAUUUCUCAAAGGGGAAAUCGGUUGUUGUUCAAGACGGUGCGAAUCAGUUACCACCUCAGCUAUCAUAUACAUUCCGAGAUCAGCCCACCUUUAAAGAUGUUACGCGCCUUAUUUUUUCAUUUUUGGAACGACAAGAAGUCUACAACCAGCAUGAAUGUGAUAGCGUGAGGACAUUUAUUGAGAAUCUGAUACCACUUUUGUUCGACCUUAAUGACGUCCUUCCUGAUGAGAAACUACCGGAAUGGCCUGAUCUUGAAGAUGAAGGGGAGGAUACUAUUAUGGCCGAGGCUGAUGAUGAUGCUGUUGCGCCAACCAACGACGGUGACGCUGAUUCAAGGCCACUUCCUUCGCCAUCAAAUCAACCUGAUUCAAAUGAUGAUCGCCAAACAUCACAGGAUACGGAGAUGCAAGAAAAGGAUGAAAAAGAUGCAGCACAAGGUGAAUCGGAUGCUAAGGACAACACCCAAUCCAUGGAAACAGACAAGAUCUCCACUAUCACGCUAUUUGGCAACGACAACUUGUAUUGCUUUUUGCGAUUAUUCCAGCUCGCCUAUUCUCGCUUGUUGCGCUUAAAACAAAUCGAUGCUGCUUAUCGCAAACACCCACAAAAGACAAAGAAGGAAUACAAGGCAGCAGUGGAUGUCAAUUCAGAUAACGUCACGCUACAUGGGGUGGAGAUGGAUUUCAGUCAUGGAUACUAUUAUGCAUUAUUGGACUUGGUGGAUAUCUUUUUUGACGGCUCCGUUGACCAAACCACGCUUGAAGAAUGCGCACGUUAUAUGUUUGGAACAAAGGGCUACAUGAUCUUUACGAUUGACAAAUUGGUGAUGCUCCUCGUCCGCCACGUACGACAAAUCAUUACAGAUGACCAGUCUCGGGGUUUGGUAGAGGCUUUCCAAAAGUUCAGGAACACCGAUCAAGAGCACACUGCCCAGGAACUAGCUGAAUACAAGUCAAGGGCUGAGAAAGAUAUCAUUGGUCUCGAAGAAAACAUUUACGGAUUCACUUUUGAUCCCACAACUCGGAUAUUGACAAUCCAGUUAUUGGACGAAGAGGAUUAUGCAUUGGAGACGGAUGCACGCAUUGCAUACAACUCGUAUGUUGUGGAUUUUGCCGACUUUAAUGUACCGACAGCUGGAUUAGAUCCCUCUGCACUAAGGAAACAAUUCUUAAAAAGAAACAUUAAUGGAAAACGUGAGCGAGAAGACAAUGACGCCUAUGUGUAUCCGGGAAUGCAAUACAAGAUCAGCAAAGAAUCGUAUCACAUGUUUUAUAUCAUCGAUACCGAGGAUGCCUUUAUCCGUAAACGAAAGCAACGACGAUCAGACGCAUCUACUAUUGAACAACGACAAAAGCAAUGGGCUUCAUGGCUGGAAUCAGAGAAUGGAUGGCAUCGCAACAUUGAGAACAAGAACCAAGCACAAAACGAAGCCAAAGCUUUAUUGGAAGGGAAACCAAAAGCAGCAUCCAACGGUGAUGAAAAGCCUCCUGCAUCACCAGACAUGCAGCAUCAAACAACAUCUUCUAGCACACCUCCAUCAUCAACCAUACCAUCAUCAUCUUCCCCUCGACCCGAACACCCUUCCACCCCCACAAAAACACCUGUUGAACCAGGAGCAUAG